AUCCGCAUCUUUGCCAGAAAGCCUGCUAUUGAUGCUGGGCAAGGACAGUACGCCCUCAACAAGACUGGACCCAUCCUUAAAUUCUUUGAGGGCUAUUACAGUUCCAAAUACCCUCUACCAAAGUCUGAUCAGAUAGCUCUACCAGACUUCAAUGCUGGAGCCAUGGAGAACUGGGGUCUGAUCACCUACAGAGAGACGGCUCUGCUCUACGAUGAGUCUUUCUCCUCCAACUCCAACAAGGAGAGGAUUGUUACCAUCAUCGCUCAUGAACUGGCCCACAUG